CCGCGACCAUGACGCUUGCGCUCGCGCUCUUGCGCUUCCACCCGCAACGUAGACAGAUACGAACUUCACGAAAGCGAAAAUCCGCAGCCUAGCUCCCCUAGCACCUAUUCCAUAUCCUUGUCCGACCGAGAACUAUUUUGCGACUCUGUCCUUGCGCAUCUCUAACGACACAGCUCUGGUGUUCCUGAGCAUACGUCACCCUAGAAAUAAUCUCCCAGCUCCGUGGUCGUGCGGCGCAUCACUCAGCACUUCACCAUGUCGCGCCCUACGAUUUCGAAAGCCCAGACUUCCUAUCCCAUAUUUGCCGCGAGCUUCGCAAGCAGCAGACCCGGCGUGCUCGCAGUGGGAGGCGGCGGCGGCGGAGGAAGGCACGGCGUCAAGAACAAGAUCACAGUCUUCGACUUCACAUCACGAGCGCCCAAGGUCGAGCCCAUCGCCGAAAUCGAGGCGUCCACGGACGACUCGGUGACAUGUCUCGCGAGCCUGGCGACCAAGGACGGCCUGAUACUCUAUGCUGGCGUCAACAGCAGCGAAGAGGACCGCGCAAAGGACAACAACGAGCACUUCCGCGCAUUUGAGGUCCAGCUUCCCAAAGGAAAGAUUGCAACGGACGGUGCGGAUGCGGACAUCGCGUACUUGAGCAAGGCGAAGCUCUUCGGGUCGGUUCAAGACGUCAACGCGAAGAAGGAGGGGUACCAGCGACUGGUGCGUCUGUCACCGCCGCCAAGAACUGUAUCAAGCGCACCCACACGGCGCAUCGGCGCAAUUGCAUCGAGCUUAGCUGGCGACGAGAACGAGAUCGUGGUUUUCAGCGCCGUCUCAAAUAAGCCGCGGGAUCCACAAGACAUACUGCAGCGCAUCAAGCUGGGAAAGGGCGAAGAGGCCAAUGACGUCGACUUCUUUGACAAGGGGGACGGCCAAUUCGAGCUUGCCUACGUUCUCGACCACGAUGUGAUCGUCCACAACAUCAGCACAUCGCAGACCAAGCCCAAGGAUGCCCGCCGGAAGCUCUACUCCAUCCCACUGCCCGACCUCGGAAAGAAGACCGGACGUUCGAAGCUGCGGUGCAUACGAUGGCUGACCCCCGAACACCUGCUCUUACUAGUCAACAAGCCCAGCAGGACAGGCGUAGAACUGCUGCUUGUGCACAUGUACGAGGAGGGCCCGGGAAGCGUCGUACUGCGAAAGACGCUACCAAAGAGCGUCAAGGCAGCAACAGAUAUGGACGUUGCCCUUCUAGACCCCGACACCUCGGGAGCAUAUCAGAUUGCCAUUGCUAUAGCAGCGAUCGACAUUUCGCUUCAUGUCUACUCGAUAGACUACCACGGCCACUCGAGGAACUCGUUGAGCUCGUUCCACCACUUUGCGACGUAUGAUAGCGUACACGAGGUUCAGAUGACGAAAGCAGUAUUCUCGCCCUUCCACAAGCCAGUCGCUCCUCCAGACCAGGCUGCAGACCGAAAGGCAGGACCGCAAUACCUUCGCCUGGCAUCUACAUCGCUGGGCAACACCGUCUCGGUGGAGACAUUUGAGUUACAGCCACACGAGGGCCGCUACGUGCUCCAGACAGCACGGACCAGAAAUCUGUACAGCGCGGCCACAUACCUCGUCAUAGCCAUGGUGGUUGCCGCGAUAGCACUGAUGAUACAGUCUUUCGUCGACCCACACGGCAACUUGACCAGGCAUGUCGUGCCACGCAGUCUGCAGAACGCAGGCUCACAGUACAAGCCCAUGGGCGAGCUAGCGCGCGAAAAGCGACACCAAGCCGCACUCAACAACGCAGACACGCCUGUAAUGAAGACAGUAGACCGCAUCCAGGACUUAUUACACGUUCACAUGCCCCACCGCGGCUCGGCAGAGCCACGGGCGCAGCAGAAAGCGCUGGUCAUCAAUCACGAUGCCGAGGGCGCAGAGCUUAGCACGGAAGUGCACGAGAGCACAGAUGAAGUGAUUAAGAAGCACACAGAGGCGAAGCAGUGGGAGGAGCUGAGCGAGGAGGAGAGGCACUACUGGAGGAAGAAGCUCAGUGAAGCGGGUAUGUGGGCGGUCGGCGAGGGCGAGACGAUCCUGAAGAGCAUCUUCUUUGGCAAUGUCGCGGGUGCGAUUGGUGCUGCUGCGCAGGGUGUGAUUGGAUGAGGGGUGGGUGACGAGGUGUCCUACAGUCAUGGAAUCGAUGCACCUGUUUAAGGCUGCACUGUUUGAGGCUGCCAAUGGUCAAAGCUGCAUCUGUUUAAGGCUGCACUGUUUGAGGCUGUACAUAUUUGAAGCUGUACAUGUUACGAGGCUUGUGGCCAGAAUUGAUGUGGUAGUGAU